GGCACUCAGGGUUCUUCUCUCCCUCAAUUUAUCCUUACAACAGUCCUGUGAGGUAGGUUAGACGGAAGGGGAGUGGCUGGAUCAAGGUCACCCAUUGAGCUGCAUGACUGUAAAGGGCACUGGACGCCAUGACUGUCACUCUAGUAUGUGAUCCUUCGGAAGCUAUGGAGCUCUGUGCCUCUCAGCAACUCUAUCUUAAGCCAGUAGCGAAAUUAACAAUCAGUGUGGUGCUUCCAGAACACACCGGAUCUACCCGGGCAUUCUCUAAAUGGGAAGUGAUGGACAAGCUGAAGAAUAUGAUUUGUCCAGACCAGUUCACCAGUGUUAAGGUUUCAAAAAGCACUAAAGGUUUCAUUCGUUUUGAGGGAGAGGCAGAAACCAAGCGUUUGGUAUGUAGCCUUAAGGAAAAGCUCCAUGGCAAGAUGAUAAAACUGAAUGGUUUUAAAGAUGACUUGCAAGUGGUUGCUACAGAGGCAUCUCCUGAUUUGCCAACUCCUCAGGAGUCUGAAGCCAUUAUGAAUGAUAGAGAAUUGAUGGAGGAAGAUCUUGCUGAGCAAAGCAGUGAUGUUCCCAAUUGCAUCCAUUUGGAAGGAUUGCCAUGCAAAUGGUUUGCCCUAAGAGGCUCAGAUAGUGAAACACCAAGCGAAGAUAUCUUGAGAGCAGUGUUUGAAAGUUUUGGAAAGAUCAAGAACGUAGAUAUCCCCAUGCUUGAUCCUUAUAGGAAAGAAGUGGUGGGAGGAAACAUGAAUCAUUUCAUUUUCCGUGGCCUGCGGACAUUUGACGCUUAUGUCCAGUACCAGGAGUCCACAGCUUUUGCAAAAGCUAUGGAGACACUUAAGGGAAUGAAGCUGAUGUUUAAAGGGGAUGAUGGAAAAGCUCUGGCAUGUAAUAUUAAGGUGUCGGCUGAUACUACCAAUCAUUUCAGUGAGAGUUCUAUAAACCAGAGGAACCUGGAACGAUUAACCCUGCAAGGGCUAGAGCGAGAAAGGAGGAGGGAGGAAAACAGAGGGAAAAGAGGCACUGAAAGAAAAAGACGUGAUGAUGGUGGUGAUGAAAAAAAAGUUGGAGAAGGAAAGAGGAAGUCUAAGAUCAAGAGACGAGAAAAAAAACAGAUAGAUCGGGAUGAAAAACGCCCAAGAAAGCAACAGAAGGUAACAGCUGAAGAAGAGCUGUGGCCAGAGAAUAUGCCUGAAUGGGAAGAGAGGAAAUACCUCCUAGCUCAGAGAAGAGUGGAGUCUAUCAGGCUGCUUACUGUGCUGUUAAACCAAAUAAAAGAUUUUGUGCUGUCAUCCAGGCAAAUAAGGGAGCCUCUGUUGGAAAGCAAGAAUGAAAGGGAGGAUUGCUUUCCUGCACCUAAGAUACCAAAUGCACUAAAAGAGAAGUCCGGCUCUCAUAAUCUUGGGUGCAAAGAAGUAAAGGAUGAGCGAGAGCCCCUGCAUCAGUUAGGCCGAUCAGAUCAUACCUAUAUUGAGGAGGAGGAGCAGUAUGUUGCAGUUGGCUUGCCUGCAUCACCAUGUCACCUUGUGAGAACUAUUUUGAAGGAGCCAGCUGCAAGAGCAGUUAGUAGACUCUUAACGGCCAAGGCUACAGGCUGCUAUCAGGACUGUGACUUGUUGCAAGUUACAGUCACUCAGGACUGCAAAGUCAGAAAAUCUCCUGCCAGGGAGGACUGUCGAAGCCUGAACUUGGGAUGCUCUCCCAGUGUCUCUAGUGCAGGCAACUGCAAGAAGCAAAAGGUUUAUGAAACAGAGGAAUUCAUACACUAUUUACUAAACUACUACCAAACCCCGAGAUAUGCACGGAUCUGUCCUGUGACCCAGAGCACAGGGACUGAGUCCUGGUGGCAGAGGGUGGUGUCCCAUAAUGGGAAUGACUUCCAGGUCAGCCUGAAAAACAAAGAUGGACAGUGUCUUACAGAAGUGAGUUCUGUACCAGACCUCCAUGAAAGAGACUUUCAGGAUGCCAAUAGUUACACAUGGGAAGUAGUAGAUGAGGAAUCUGAGCCUACAGAGGUUGUUCCCAAAAGCCAGGUCUGUACUAAAGAGUUCACUGAUCGAUGUCUGGUAUGGUGUAAGGAUUCACUGGGUGAUGUCAGUCAUAGACUACCACAUGAUGAACUGAAUAGUCCUUUUCUAGUAAGCACCAGUACUAAUUGUGAUAAUAGAUCCCAAGAAGAGGAUACGGGAAUGAAAGUUUUACCACCAAUCAAGCCGUUUGGCCAUGUUUAUAAAUUGAAGGAUUUAUUGGAGGAGAUCAGCAGUGAUUCUGAAUAUUUUAGCGACGUGUUCAGUGAGUCACAAAGCAAAAUGGAGAGAAGAAACGGGGGUUGCAGAAGCAGCUGCAAGGCCUGGCCUCUCAGCCGGGAAAGAGCAAGAGAAUUGCUGAUCUGUGUCCAAAAUGGUGAUUGCAGCAAACGCAGUUUCUGUUCAAACUCUGAGUGCUGUGACUUGACAAAACAUCCCAAGCAAAGGCUUAAGACAACAUUCAAGAGAUCCAGCAGUAAAUUAAGACACGAAGGGCAAAAAAUCCAAUGGCCCUCCAGCGAAGAGGAGCAAGAAGCCAGCAGGAAAAAGAAAAGAAAGAAGAAAAGGUCUUCUGAUAACUCUUUGCAUGACAAUGAGCCUCAGUUCCUUGGAGCAAACCAUUGUGGAGAUUUGGAGUCUCUCAGCAAGAUACAGAGAAAAUGUAGCAAGAUUUUACAUCAAAAAAUGAAGUUUAAAUCACUCCAUGCCAUGGCAGAAGAGGUAAAAGCAAAAGAUUUUCAUUUGAGUGACUCUCAGCCUCGAGAACCCCACCAAGAGGCAGGUAAGGGGAAAGCAGAAAUCAGGGAGAUGGGUGAGAGAUGGCGUGAAACCAAGGGGCAGCUGAGAGCUUGCAAAGUCAGAGUUAAAAGGUAAUUGUUAGGUGAGUGCAGGGA